UCUAAUUUUAUUUGAUGGAAUUUUGGGUUUGAGGAAAGAGAAAUUGAAGUUGAAAUGAGACUUGGAUUCCUCUUCUUAUCUUCUUCUUCGCCAGUAGUUGGAUCCUCCAUUUCUCGGUCCAUCGUUCGGCCUGCACCCUCACUCCUGCUCCAUCGUCCCUUUCACUUCAUCCCAAAUCGUACAACCACUGACAGCAACCCAUUCCAAUUUUCACCACGUACAACUCUCACUGCAUCAGCUUCUUCCAUGGCUUCCACUUUCAAGCCCGAACAAGCUAGGGUUCCUCCUGCUCUUCAAUUGCCCUCUCCUCCUAUCACUAAGUUUAAGAUUGGGCUAUGCCAAUUAUCGGUGACGGCAGAUAAGGAAAGGAAUAUUGUUCAUGGGCGAGCAGCAAUUGAGGAGGCUGCUGAGAAGGGGGCUAAGCUUGUUGUUUUGCCUGAAAUAUGGAAUAGUCCAUAUUCAAAUGAUAGCUUCCCAAUUUAUGCUGAAGACAUUGAUGCUGGUCCUGAUGCAUCUCCGUCAACUGCCAUGCUCUCUGAAGCAGCUCGACUUCUGAAGAUUACUAUAGUGGGAGGCUCUAUACCUGAACGCAGUGGGGACAAGCUGUAUAAUACUUGCUGCGUCUUUGAUGCUGACGGAAAGUUGAAAGCUAAGCACAGAAAGAUACAUCUUUUUGACAUUGAUAUCCCUGGUAAAAUAACCUUUAAGGAAUCACAGACGCUUACUGCAGGAGAGACUCCAACUGUUGUGGAUACAGAGGUUGGCCGAAUUGGUAUAGGGAUCUGCUAUGACAUUCGCUUUCAGGAAUUGGCCAUGCUAUAUGCAGCAAGAGGGGCUCACCUGAUCUGCUAUCCUGGGGCGUUCAACAUGACUACUGGACCACUGCACUGGGAGUUACUGCAAAGGGCAAGGGCAGUUGAUAAUCAGCUAUAUGUUGCAACAUGUGCACCUGCUCGAGACGUUGAUGGUGGAUAUGUGGCUUGGGGGCAUUCCACACUAAUUGGACCAUUCGGAGAAGUGCUGGCUACAACUGAACAUGACGAGGCAAUAAUCAUCUCGGAGAUCGACUAUUCGCAAAUUGAACUGAGGAGGACAAACCUUCCAUUAGAGAAGCAAAGACGAGGUGAUCUUUACCAGUUGGUAGAUGUACAGAGGUCGAGUUCUCAGUAAGGCUAGUUUGUGAAUAAGGCGUCUAAUGUUAGUAUAGAAGUGGAGUUCCCAGAACUGAAGGUCCAUUUAACAGAAACUGGGAUCAGAUCUAGAAAAUAAGAGGAUUGUCCAUUCUUCUGUAGUGGUUGAUGUUGAGCCUUCUAUUCAAUCAUCCUUAAUUUAGUCACCAAGUUUGGGUUUGCAAAUGACAAUAUAACCUUGUGCAGAAGGUGGAUUUAGUAACCUGCUGCAACUGUUCAUGUAUUAUCUAUUACAGUGGUGAUUGUUCUGUUUUGGUCUGAUAUCAACAUCAAUCUCCCUGAAAAGAGCCACAUGGUGAGUCAUUUUAUAAACAGGAAGUUAAGAUGAAAAGGAAACCUGUUCCUGAACUUGAAACAGUUUGUAAUCUCCAGGAGACAUGUGUAUUCAGGAGAUGUAAUAAUGUUAUUGUUCUUUAGACAUCAGCGACCCUACAUUGCUGGAA